GGGUUAAGUUUAGGUUGUACACGUAUCUUCUCCUUGUGUUGCCACCACUCUCUUUCAUUAUCAAAAUCUGCCUCUUAUUUCUUUAAAAAAGAAUGUGUCUUCAUCUUCUCCUUGCUAUCAUCCGUUCACCAUCUUCACCAGAGGCUUUUAUGGGUAUUGGGAAGUAGUGUCUCAACUGUUUUCAGGCUACAGCAAAGGAUACACUCAAUGGCUGUUAGGAAUAUCUCUGAUGUAAACCCAAAUGACAAUGCAGCUCCCUUAGAGGUUAGGGUGAUCAGAACUUGGCAACCAUUCUUAUUUCAGAAUGAACACUGCUACCUGUUUGUUGACAGCAGGGGUGAUGCCAUUGAAGCUUAUGGUAAUAGGCGUGACAAAGCUUUAUUUGAAUCCAAAUUCAGCGUUGGCUUAUGUUAUCGCAUCAGUAAGUACCUGUCAAAGAAAGCACGCAAUAGUCAUAAUGUUGUGCCUUCCAAUGCCACAAUACAUCUAGGCAGAAGCACGAUUUUCGAACCAAUCGUUGGCGUCGACAUCCCGCAUCAAUACUUUAACUUUAUGCCAUAUGAGAGUUUACGUGCCCGUGAGAACAUGCACUUUCUGUUGACAGACUACAUUGGCCGGUUUGAUCGAUUUACAAGUGACACUAGGACAACCUCUGGAAAAAGACUUAUGAAGUUUCUUCUUGAGGAUGCUAAUGAAAGGUUCAUUGAGGUAGCACUGUGGGAAGAAAUCGCUGAUGCCGUUGACAAAGAAGCCUUGGUAAACACGCCAUUUCCAUGUAUUGUCGCUGUGACAUCUAUGAAGGUACUGAGGUUUAAGAAUCUUCAGCUCGCAUCAACAGCAGCCACUCAUUUAUAUGGAAAUCCUACCAUUCAAGACGUGUCUGAUUUAGCUAACAGGUUUAGGGAGAGAUAUGCUGGCAUCAACAUGGAUGACCGAUACACGCUGCCUAUUGCAAACAUUCUUGCAAAGAACCCAGUUGAUUACAUGGAAGUAAAAUUUUCCUGCAUAGCAUCCAUCGUUAGUUACAACCCACGACGUUCAUGGUUUUACAAAGGAUGUACCGUUUGUAAGAAAAAGCUUGGCUCUCGAGAAGAUGCGUUAAUCUGCGAUGACCAUCAUGACGCGCCACAACCAAAGUAUUUGUACUGCAUCAACUGCACAAUCGCAGAUAGUACAGGAAAUGCCACUGUGACAAUAUUUGACAUACCCUUUCAGUCGGUCAUAAAAAUCCCGUGCAAUGAGCUGGUCAUACAAUAGGGGUACACAGAUUCAAUGACAACGCCCGACGUGUUUUCUAAACUUUUAGGUGUUUCACACAUGUUCAAGCUUCAAUUUAAUGAUCGAGCGCACACAGGUUUUACACAAUUUGUUGCAAAUGAAGUACUUGAAUAUGUUCCUGUCAUGAAUGAAGUUGCUGUAAAUGAAGUUGUUGUGAAUCCUACUAUUACUGAAGUAUCUGAUCCAGCUGAUGUUGAAAACCAGCAUGCAACUCAACCUUUGGAAAAUCCACCAACUAAUGUUGCUCUAGAAACAACAGUCAAGCAAGUUCCAUUUACCCCUGUGACUCCAGCGAAGAUUAAGCGACAGUUGUUUGCUCUUUCAGGUGAAGGUUCUAACAAAGCACCCAAAACUGAUGCACCUUGACAAGUCACUACCUUGGAUGUGAAUGGAGUGAUAUAACAUGCAGGCUAUCCUUUUGAAGUUGUCUAUAUACAGAGCAGCCUUUUGGGAACACCUUUUUUGCAACCUAAAUUAAACCUUUCUAGAAUACUAAUGAAGAAAGGUUUUGCUGCUCUUAGGAACAUAGACAUCAAAAUACUUUUGUACUCACUCCAUCUACAUGUAACUAAUUAGGUUCAAAAAAACUUUAUGUAGUUUAACUGUUAACCGUAAUGUUACUAUGCAGUUUAUCUUUAUAUCAGUAUUUUGCUACAAA